UUGAAAGGGGUUCUUAUACACAUAGAAGCUAUUAGAAAAUUUGACUCAGCUUAGCAUCAAACUAUCAGAUUGAAGAACGAUCUUUAUAAGACGUUAAUUUCAUCGAGUGAAUUUUGAGAAAAGGGUUUGAUAGUAACGAAGUUCCAACUUUUAUCCUUUAACAAUUCACACUGAACCGUCUCAAUUGUUUACGAGAGAACAAAGAGCCUACGUUUCAAAUUAUAACAUAAUGCAACCAAUGGUUAAAGCUGAGGAAGAAGACAAGUACGAGGAUGAAACAGGAGAUCUUGAUACUUCUGGAAUUGCUUCUAGAGUUUGGCUGGUAAAACUCCCUAAGUUUCUUCUUGAUAAAUGGAAUUCUAUUCCGCCAGAUCAUGCAGCGGACCUGGGUUGUGUUCGUGUUAUGAAUGACGAAAUUCAGCUUCUUUUACGUGAUAGCGCAGAGAAUAUGGACGUUCCCAAAGAAUACAACCUGAAGGUUAUGAAUAAGUAUGUACGGAACUCAUACGUUUUUCGGGAGUUUGAGCAACCUUCUGGUUCAAAGCAAACUGCUCUCGUUGGAACUGUUGCCCAUGAAUGCAAUGUGUCACCUGUUAUUAACGACGAUUAUCGCCGUGUUAUGCACAAGCGUGCGCUGGCGGCGAGUGCUCCCAGACGUCGUGUCCAAAUGAUUGACGACAGGGGCGGAAGCCUUCUGGCACCUGGUACUCUAGGCGCGCGCUCAAGAAGUACUACUUCAUUUAUUCGAAAUGUUAAGCCUCGCACCGGUGAGGUAUUGAAGAAUGCUCGUAUUCCCAGAAAUGAACUCCUUGACAUACUGUUCAAGUGUUUCGAGGACUACGAGUACUGGACCCUUAAAGGUCUUCGUGAAUAUGUCAAACAACCGGAGGUGUACCUGAAAGAAGUCCUUGACAGCAUUGCCGUACUAAACAAACGUGGUCCAUAUGCGUUGAAGUACAGCUUGAAGCCAGAGUAUAAGGGAACGAUGAAUGUGGCUGCAAUGGAGCUAAAAAGUCAACAAAAUGCCAUGAAUGCUGCGUCUUCAUCCCAACAAGGUGCCACGUCUCCAAAAAAUUAUGAUGAUGACAAAGAUGAUGACAACGUCGAAAUGUUGGACGUCAUUUAAACCUUUCUUCCGUAAAGCUUUUUUGAUUUUCUUUAUUUUUAUUUUCAGCGAAUGAAUGUUUCCAUGGUUGUGGGUUUCUUGUCAAACAGUUUCCAAAAACGUAAAGUUUCAUCACCAGCACCGGUAACGAUUGAUUGUCCAUCUGGGCUCAUGGACAAGUACAGUACCCGAUUUGUGUGGCCUGUAAGGUUGACAACAUUUUUUAAUGUUGGAUACUUCCAUACCGAAAUUUGGUUUCUAGCAUAACCGUGUGUUGUCACGAUUUCGUUUGAAGUUUUCGACCAUGCUAAAUUGCAAAUUUGUGAACCCGUGUUUAACGAAUUUUGAAGUUUUCCUGUCAACGUGUUGUGGAUCUUAAGCGUACGAUCAAUGGUGCCUCCUCCGCUUGCAAGAAUUCCACGUUGAUGAGGACUCCAUCCGAUGGCUUUCACAGCGGCAGUAUGCUCUCUGAAAGUAUACAGCGGCCGGUCCGAGCGGUGGUCCCAGACUAAGAGUUUGUUAUCAUUACCUCCAGAUGCAAGUUGGCCCUGGCUACUGUCCCAUUGAAGACCACAGAUCUCUUGUUCGUGAGCUCGGAGAAGUUUAGUAAAAUGUUGUGACAUUCUCAAAUCAUGGUGAGCAAUCAAUUGGUCACGGCCUCCGCUUGUCAAUACGUUAUUGUUCCAAGCAAGAGCCGCAACCCUUAAGAAGUGCCCCGUUACGACUCGUGUCCGCUGACAUGUCUCGGCAUUCCAAAUGUGGACAAGUCCAGAAUCAGUACCCACUGCAACAUGGUUAUUUUUUCCUGUCCACAGCACACUGGUAACAUGGUUAUUGGGCCCAAAGUCAUGCAGUUUAACGACCUUUCCAGUAUGUGCUGACCAAAGGUAGACACAACUAGCAAGGCCGACAGCCAGUACAUUUGAUGCUCCCCAGUCGAUAAGAUUUAAGUAGAAGUCAUCUUCAAGAUAAGGUGCGUCUAGUACUUUAUAAGGUGUCCUUGACAGAACCCGUUUAGGUUUUUGAGGGCGUAACAACAUCUUUUGAGACUCUACCGAUAUGGGUGACAGAGAGUAAGAUUUCCGAAUUGGACUAUCAACACUUGGGGGCUCAACUUUUACCUCCUUUUGUCGACCAUAAUGAAAGGUUCUAUGUUGAUUUGUAAUUUGAUGUCCAAAAAGCUCACGUGUUAGCAACUCGUUGAAUUGAUUCCGUGCUAAGUUUGUUAAUUGACAUUUCGAAGACUUUUUUAACUUACGUUCAUUAGAGUCUUCGUCUACCAUAUGCUUGGUAGAGUAACUCUUCGGUACCCGCUUAGUUAUAAAAUCUUGGGCGUGUGCGUUGCUAACAUUUCUAAUUGGAAUAAAUCUGUCUCCCAUCUUCGAAGAGUCUUAAUUGACUAUACAGCCAACGAAACAAUUGCUGUUUUGAUGGCAGAAAGUACGAGAUGAGCAGCCUUUUUGAACCUGUUUAAUUGCGCAUUUCGAAAUAGCUCAGGUUUGAGCCAUAUAAACAAACUCCCAAUCGAGUGUUAAAGAAAAAGACUCAGAGCUGCAGUACUUCUAUUAUUACUUAAUGAGCCUUAAAAAAGUAUGGAAUUGACCUCACUAUAAAAAACUAUCCGAGUCACUACGUAAGGAUGGAUGUUAUAAAAUGUUUACGGUAGCAUUAUGAAUUCAUCUCGUUUUUGAAACCUUAUGGUGUGAAAAGCAUCAGUUACCUUGCGAAUGUUGAUGUGCGGAAUAAUUCCGUUAUGCUGAAGCUACAAUGUUAGUAUUCUCAAAUUUAGUAAAUCCAGUUCUUACCUUUCCCUGAGCUGUAUUUUUUAUGUUAAGUAGAAAAGUUUCAUAACUUUCUUUCCCAUUAGCUUCAUCAUCAAUUAGUGCACUUUCAAACAGUUUGUACUCCACUUGAUCAACAUUUUUGCGAAUGUGUUCUGCUGUGUUAAAGUUAAUGGAAGUGAUAGCUGACAACUGAGAACAAAUAUUAGCGAUUUGUAUAAAGAGUCUUGACGGUUGUUCGCACAUAACUUCCGUUCCCCCUGUAUUUUCGUUGUGAAGAUAACCCGGACAAAGCAAUUUAGUAACAGCGGUUGAAGCAUUUUCUUGUAAAAGGAUAUACACUUUCCCAUAUGUAAAGCAUAAAUAACAUCCAUC